CUCGCGCCGCACAACAGUCAGUAGGCCGACGGAAGCACGGAAGCCCCGAUCCCUCCCAGCGUCUACCCGACGUUGAUCUCCUCCUCUGCUGGCUCGUUAACCACCAUGAGCGAAAUCAAUGUGUCGAAGCUUAAGGUUUCCGAGCUGAAAGCCGAGCUGGCAAGCAGGAGCCUGGAUGUCAAGGGCAACAAGGCAGACUUGGCCCAGCGGCUGCAGGCGGCCCUCGACGAGGAAGAGUUUGGCGCUAUCAGCAUGCCUACACCGACUGUCGGCGAUGCUGCAACCGAGGCGGGAAAUGGAACCGCGGCAGAGCCGGCAGAACCCGCGGUGGAAGCCACGCCUGCGACAACCGCCGAGGAGGCGACACCCGCCGCCCCGGCAGAACCCGCUUCUACUACGGCCGACGGUGAGGUUGCUGCUGACACGGCUACCGCCGCUCCUGCUGUCGUCACCGCCACGGAUGCUGCCGCCGCUGCGGAAGCCAUGCGGCUGGCGAAGCGCGUGGAAAGGUUUGGCCGCAUCGCUCCGGUGACCGAGCGCGAGGUGGCGGAGAAGAUGGCCAUGCGCCGGGAGAAGUUCGGCCUGCCGGAGCCGGCGGCGGGCGGUAAGCAAGGCACCAAGAGGUCGCUCAACCCCGAGGAGGAGGCCAAGAGGAAAAAACGCAUGGAACGGUUCGGCAUCGUCGAUGAAAAGGAGGAGGCUGCCAAGAGAGCGGAAGCCGAGGCUGCCAAGCGGGCCGCACGCCAGGAAAAGUUCGGCUACGUGAACCCCGACGCUGAAAAGAAGGCAAAGGUGGCGGCGAAGAUGGCCUGGCUGGCUUCCGAGCAGGCCGAAAAAAAGGCGAAGCGUAUCGCGCGCUUCGGGGAGGACACCACUGCCGUAGCGGCGACGCCUAAGUCCACCACCCUUCAGCAGUCUUCUGGCAAGAAGAGCGGCCGGGGGAGCGGGGGCGGGAGGGGCGGAGGGCGGGAGAGGGGGGGAAAGAACAGGAGGCAGAGUGGUGGUGGUGGUGGUGGUGGUGAUGGCCGUGGUCGUGUCGGGGGGGCAGUAAGCGCCACAGCGAUGCUGUCCCAGGGCUUAAAAUCUUCGCGGUGAUUGGUCGUCGUAAUGGGUGUUCAUUUGCAGGCACGCAGAGAAAUAUGGCAGAAUAUUAGUACGAGGGUUGUAUACAGUCAGUGUUUAGAACAUACGUGCGACGGGCGUUGAUAACUGGAUUGGGUACGUAAUGCAUUGGAGGGCCCCUGAUGCUAUGGCGUGAGCGUAACGCCUCGUGUUACUGCUGGUGUGGUUGCGCUAUACGACUUUCCUCCUUAGCACACGGUGCUGGACAUGUGAAUCUGAGUUUUGGGAGUUGGCUCCUCCUGGCCCCACAGCAAAGCUGCUGCCAUGCGCUUGUUGGACGCCCGCACAUUGAUUUGGAUCAGGCGCAAGCUUCGAAUGUUCAAAAUAGUGCUUCGCGGCUGCCUUGUUUGUAAAUCAGGACAGUGAACACGUGUUAAUGACGCACAUCUGAUCGACCUUGGUGCGCAGUCAAACGCAUUGACAUACUCUCG